AUGCCGUUCCCUUUUGUGCUGCCUACAACAUCCAGUAUUUCCUUCACCGAUUAUUUCAGCAGCAGCACUCACCCCUCGCUACCGAAUUGCGCCACAACCGCGCGCGGCGUCGUCCGCGACGUCCUGAAACGCUACAAGCGCAUCCCACCCGGCUCGCAAGCGUCCAACCUCUCGACCGUACUCUCCGCUCUACAAGAGUACAUACCGUAUCUCUUUGCCCUCGAUGCAGGUCUCAGUGGAACCAGUUGCGCUGGCGAGGAAAUCGAUCUCGUGCUGGUGAAGGAGCUCGAGGUCGAAUGGCGCUCGACGCUGUCCGCUACCGUUCCAGGACGAGAGCCCACGAGGGUGAAGCUGAAGAGUCUUGAGAGCGAGCUCUUCUUUGCGUUAUCAACGCUGGCAUAUGUGUAUAGCCUACAAGCCCGCGCGCAGCUGCACACGCUGUACAAUGCAACGCUCCCUACGCCCGAGCAGCGCGCCACCGCUAUCACCGCGGCGAUGAAGCACUUUCUUGAUGCGAAUGCUAUAUACAAGUUCCUGGUCAAUAGAGCGCAGCAGUGGCACGCGCAACCUGCUGCUGUAGACAUCACAAGCCCGGUAUUGGGCGCACUGGCAGAGCUAACCCUUGCUGAAGCAACGCUCAUUACCGUCUUGAAAGACGACCCAUACCCGGCCGCCGUAGUAGAGGACAGAAACAAGAACAGCAAAGACUGGAUGUUUAAGAGCGUUGAGAUACCCAAAGUGCGCGCACAUUUGUUCGCACGUCUCUGCCUCUCGUCCGCUGAACACGCAGCAAAAGCGCAGGCCAUGCUGGGCCGCUCAUCAAAAGUCGACGACAGUUUCACCAAAUACAUUGACGAUUUUCGACGGACGGCAAGGGGGAAGGCGUGCCGGUUCCUCGGGGUUGACGCUGAGUUGGCGGGGAAGACGGGCGAUGGGAUCGCGUGGCUUAGAGGUGCACAGAAGGAGCUAGGGUUUUCAGCUAUAGAUGCUGAUGAAGAGAAGAAGAAGUCUGGACUCUCGAAGUUGAAGAAGGAGUGGGCGGAGAAGAGGGAGGAUAAGAAGGAGGGGAGGGUGGUGGACAUGUUGUUGAAGAAGUGGGAGAAGAUGAAUGAUACAAUUUCGGUUCAGGUCGUACCUUCAUCCUCUCAGCUCCUCUCGGCCAUGCCUUCAGGAAGAGAGUACCACACGCCCAAGCCGUACAUCAUACCGACGCUAGAGGAAGACGCCAUCAUCCGUAUGAGAGCUCCUCCUGAUCCCGGGGACGCGUUCGAGGGAGAAGAGGACGACAGUGCAGACGAAGACGAGCGUUCAGCAGGAGCACCCGUUGGCGCAUUCCCAGGCACGAAGGCAGAGUACUCUGCGAACACGAGCUACUACUGA